AUGAGUGACGAGGGCGGCUUGUGGGUGACGGGGGCGGCUCGUAAGCUGAGAGAGGAGGGUCCUGCCUACUUGCUGGAUGCUGACCCACAGAUUCAGCAGUAUGGAGAGGUGAACCAGCUGGGGGGAGUCUUCGUCAACGGCCGCCCCCUCCCGAACCACAUACGUAUGCGCAUCAUCGAGUUGGCGCAGCUGGGGAUACGCCCUUGUGACAUCUCCCGCCAGUUACGUGUCUCCCAUGGUUGUGUGUCCAAGAUCCUCGCCAGGUACAACGAGACGGGCUCCAUCCUGCCGGGGGCUAUCGGGGGAUCGAAGCCACGAGUCACGACGCCCAAGGUGGUCAGCUAUAUCAAGGACCUCAAGCAGAAAGACCCGGGUAUCUUUGCCUGGGAGAUCCGGGAACGGCUCCUGAAGGAUGGUGUGUGUGACAAGUACAAUGUUCCCAGCGUGUCCUCUAUAUCCAGAAUCCUGCGGAACAAGAUCGGGUCACUACACCACCUGGGAGGCCAGAGUCACUAUGAGGUCAAGCACCCGGCCUCAUCCCUCUACAACUCCCUCUAUCCUGCCGCCGCAGCUUAUACGGCCGCAGCCGCGGCCUACUCCUCCAUGGCCCCACCGGCGGCCAUGCAGCAGGUGUCGCAGGCACCGCAGUCCGUCGUCCCGCCCACCAGUGUGUCGUCGGGUAUAGGCGGGAAGACGCCCAGCACGCCUUCGCCGCCUGUGUCAGGGUCGACGUGCAGCAUGGGAGGGAUGAGACCCCACUGGCCCUCCUCACACACCGUGUCGGACCUCCUGGGACACGUCAACAUGGCCGGCUUCCCCCGCCACCACCACAUGCAGGACGCCAACAACUACAAUUACUACAUGUACCUGCAGUCGUGUGGCCCCCAGAGCAACUCUCUAUCUCACAACCCCCUCCCCAACCACCUCUCCUCCUCCCUCGCUAACGGGUUCUCCAGCCCCCUCACCAACCCUCUUUCAAAUGGCCUUUCUAAUGGGCUCUCCAAUGGGCUGUCUGGCGGCCUCACCAACGGGCUACAAAACAGUUUCGGCAACCCAUUGAGCUCUAUGAUGGGCGGCUCAGGCCUCACGCCACAGACGGCAACCCUCUAACCCACGCCCACACGGUGUUUAUAUCACGCCCACACAUUGUCCACACCACACCCGCACCGCAUUUUACAUUACACCUCACACUGCGUCCACACCACGCGUACAUCACCUCCUCACCACACCCACACUACACCCAGUGUCCACAUCACGCUCCUUUCAUCCUGCACCUGCAUUGCCAUCGACCCUCCCCCACACAUACACCAAUGACUAGGGUAAAUUACCACACACACACACAUACACACACAUGCACACACUACAAACGUCUUCACGGGGAACCUAAAACAAAAACAAUAUUCCUUUUAGCGAAGGUGCACAUACUCGCCCGGGAGAACCAAGCCGUUAAUGACGAACCUCUUCUGCAGCGCCAGCAGGAGACACGUCACCAAACUCAGUUGUGCUUUGACCAGAGACGUGUCAGUUGAGUGUCCUCCUCUCAUCUCCCUCGUGACACUACGCCCCACAGACACCUACAAUGGCUAAGAAUCAGAAACUCUUGGUCUUGUUGCACUGGAUAGAUAAAUAGAACAAUAAUGCAAUAUACUCGUAUGAGAACCAUUUGAUAAAGACAGUGUGAAGGUGUCGGCAGAGAGGAGCAGGAGGAAGGACUCUGUGUGUGUGUGUGUGUGUGUGCGUGCGUGUGUGUGUGUGAGAGAGAGGAGGGAGAUGAGUGGUCCACGAGCCUCUACCACAAGCAAGAUAAAUAAGGGACUUUCAUUUGCUAAGAAUGAAUCCAGUAACCUACCUCUUCCUGUAUUGUCAUGCAGAUCUAAUUCAUCUUUGUUGUUGUUGUUGUUGUUGUGUCUAUACUGUGUGUAAUAUUCCGGGAUUUUUUUACUUGCAAAACUAUAUUUUUUUUUUUUUAUGUAUUAUACGUGAUGGCUUGUACAUGGGAAUCCUCUCUCUCUCUCUCUCUCUCUCUCUCUCUUACCAAACUUUACCUUCUUGUUGACAGAUUGAUACAGCUAUAUCUGAAACAAUACAUUAUACAAUAAGUAAUAAAUCUGUGCCUUACCAUAUGUUCUAAUACAGUAACUCACUUGACAGGUAACUCCUCUUGACAGGUAACUCCUCUUGACAGGUAGCUCCUUUUGACAGGUAACUCCUCUUAACAGGUAACUCCUCUUAACAGGUAACUCCUAUUAACAGGUAACUCCUCUUAACAGGUAACGACUUGACAAGUUCCUAAGUUUUUUCCCAUUUAGGUAAAACAAAAAUUCGCUUUAAAAUUCAAGAAGACUAUAUUUCUUUAUCAGCCUUUAAGACCCUAAGUUUCAGUGUACAGAAGGUGAUACGUAGUUAUGUCUCAUACAGAGAGAGAGAGAGACCUAUGUAUUGCAAAACAUUAUGUAACACUGAUAUAAUAAUGUUGGUGUUGUCUCCUCAAUCAGUAAAAGGGUCCGCCGUGCCUUUCUUAAUAUUAAUAAUGCUAAUACGUCGCUUCAGAGCUUCAAAGUACACACACACACACACACACACACACACACACACACACACACACACACACACACACACACACACACCAGACUUUGAAGCUCUGAACUGAUGUAUCAACUCUAGGCAAUAGUGUCAAUGUAAAUAUUAUUCCCUGUGUCCUGUUUGUAUCAUGGAGCAUUUUUACUCUUUUCUAUUAUUACCUGUUCAUUGAUGAUACAUAUGGCAACAUAAUGAAACCUGGCCAUGUAUAAUGACACUUGCCCAUGUAUAAUGACACCUGCCCAUGUAUAAUGACACCUGACCAUGUAUAAUGACACCUGACCAUGUAUAAUGACACCUAACUAUGUAUAAUGACACCUGACCAUGUAUAAUGACACCUGACCAUGUAUAAUGACACCUAAAUAUGUAUAAUGACACCUAUGUAUAAUGACACCUGCCCAUGUAUAAUGACACCUAACUAUGUAUAAUGACACCUGCCCAUGUAUAGAUGAUAUAUUUGACCCUUCUAUCAUAACUGGGAUACAUGGCCCCUUAUUAUUGAUGAGGUAUAUGGCCACGUAUGGCCUUUGUGGACACAGAAAAUACAGGUGUGGUUACAUAAGUUAUAAAUGAUAACACAUAUGGCCAUGUAUGACAGGUGUAGACAGGUAAAUAAUUGUGGCCAAGAAUAAAACGGUGGCCAGGUAUAUACUGUGACCAAGUAUACAGGUAUGGCCAAACAUACAGUUAUAGCUAGAUGUACAAUUGUGGCCAGGUAUACAAGUAUAGACAGAUAUACAGGUGUGGCCAAGCAUACAGGUGUGGCCAGGUAUAAAGGUGUGGCCAUAUAAAUAGGUGUAGCCAGGUAUUAUUGAUGACAGAUGUAACCAAUGUAUUCUUAGUAUGUUUAUAACACUAGCCAAUACUAUGAGACGGAGCGUAAUAAACUUGGUAACACUUG